AAUCACCUCCUACAAAAAAGAAUACUACAUAUUUAAUAAGUCCAUGUUUACCUUUACCUUACGAUGAUAAUGCAAAUGAAGAAACCAAACUUAAUACAUGUCAUAAUGGAACUUUAAUUUGUGAAAUUACAACGUAUUGGAAUCCUAGAACCAAUGUAUCUUUAAUAACUAGUGUUAUACCAGUAGCCAUAAACAGCACCAAUGACAAUAAUGAAGAUAAUAAUCAAAAUCCUGUAGUAGAAUUAGGACCUAAAGCAAAUGCUGAUGAUAUACAUGGACCUCUAAUUAUUACUUUUUAUGGAGAUAAAGUCAAUGAUGUACAACAAAAAGCAAAUAUUACUUUCAUUUGCGAUCACGAUAAAGAAGAUGAAAAACCCGAGACUUCAUACAAAGAGAAUACAUUGCAAAUAGAAUGGAGAACCAAAUACGCUUGCGGCAUUUUUAUAGUGUUGGCAUUAUAUUUGAUAAUAGGAACAAUAUAUAAUUAUCAAGUAUAUAGAUCACAAGGAUGGGAUUUACUUCCAAAUAGGGACUUUUGGAGAGAUGUUCCAUAUAUGGCUUCAGAUUUGACCAAAAAUCUUUAUAAUACUGUUCGAGGUGGUGGAAAUUCAGGUUACUCUAGAGUUUAA